AUGGAUACCGAGUUCGAACUCUUUGAUGACGACAAGUCCGAUGUCAAUGCGCCUCCAUCGUACCAUGCAGUUUCCAUGUCCUCAAUAUCAGCAGAUUCCGUCCAAUGCAAACCAUCAUUUGUAUUUUCCAGGGCACAGACCAAGCAGAUACGGACCACCGUUCUAUCUCUCAUCCGUGGUAUGGUCAUCACACCGGAUUUCAUUCUUUCCUCUGUCGGCCCAACUCUCGACGCCUGCGCUACUUCUCUCCCAGCUGCAGAGUUCUCAGACAUCCUUCAAGAAUCCAAUAUCGAGGGUCACACACCCUUGUAUUGGGCCAUUGUGAAUAAACGGCCAGAAGUUCUUUCGGCUUUGUAUAAAUUCAUCACCCCAUACAAGCAUGAUUCCUUUCAAGACGUGCGUCUAGCAUGUAUGGUAACUAACGACCAUACAUUAUUCACGAGGUUGUCAUUGACAUCCGCUCGGCUUCAUAAGAUGGAAAGGACUUUGAAUCUAUCUUUAGGUUGUCCGGAUGAGAUUCAGGUGUAUGAAGGAGAUACAGAGAACCAAUUCACUGCCAAAAUGCAGAUCACGAUGUUCCAGACACGCAUACGCGUUGUGCAGAAAUUGCGCAUGGAAUUUAUUGCGCAAGGACGCAUAUGGGGCUUGCUCUUCCGUGUAGGAGAUGAUACGAGAUGGGAAGCCAGCAUUUAUCUUGCUAAGCAUAGCUUGCCAGCGCGUCUAAAAGCUCUUCUUACGGUGGAGGCCCAGAACAAGCAGCAUCAAGUUCUGAAAAAGGAGUUCCAAUUGGAUGAAGGCUAUUUCCUUGCACCCUCGGAGUAA